AUGGGCAAAGGAACCGUAGACUGGGACAGCGUUCCAGCAUGGCAGCGUCUCGUCGCCAGCAUCUACGCCACCGGCGUCAAGAUCGACCUGAGGGCAGCCGCAGCCUACUACGGUACCACGUACGACACCCUCGAGAAUCGACUCCGCAAGAUCAAGAAGGACGCCGAAGCUCUCAAGUCCGAAGCUGACCCCAACGCCGUCGUCACGCCAUCCCGCUCCAAGUCCACGGCCUCUACGCCCAAGAAGUAG